AUGUCGCUCGAUCAGACUCACUACGAUGUGGCCAUAUUCAGUACAGGACUUCCCCAGAGCAUCCUGUCCGCCGCUCUCGCCUCAGCUGGACUUUCAGUGAUCCACGUCGACAGGAACGACUAUUAUGCGGACCAGUGGGCCAGUCUGACGCUAUCAGAGCUGCUGAAAUGGACACAGAGCGUCCAGAGCAAGUCUCGAGGCAGUAAACAGAGCACAACACGCAUCGAAGAUGUCGAGCUCAUCUUCCCGUCGUCGAGCGAUUUUAGAGAUGGAAAGCCUGGAGAGACUUCACAGUUGCCAGAAUCUCUGGCUUCUCUCGAUCGGCACUAUGCUAUUUCUCUCGCGCCCGCCUUGCUUCCUGCAACCGGACCUUCGAUUGACUGUCUCAUUCGUUCCAAGGUGUCAUCAUAUGCUACUUUUCGACUAUUGGAGCGCACCUGUGUGGCGUCAAGACAGACAGGCGACGACGCCACGUUGAUGCUCACGAACGUCCCCGCUAGCAAAGAGGACAUCUUCAAGACCAAGGCGCUCACGUUGAUCGCUAAACGCAAACUCAUGAAACUCCUCAUGUAUAUCGGUACCGAAGAUUGGCAAUCGGAUCUAUCGCGUGAUCCGGACUUGGCACGGAUGCCGUUCGUUUCGUACUUAGCCGAGGUGCACAAUAUGUCGCCCAAUCUCGUUGACGCUGUCGCCUAUGGCUUGUGUCUGUGUGCAACGCCGAAGGAAACAACAGAGGUCGCCAUGAAGAGAGCUAAGAGUCACAUGCAAAGCGUAGGUAAAUAUGGUAACUCGGCAUACCUGGUUGGACAGUAUGGAGGUGCGGGAGAGCUUGCACAAGGUUAUUGCCGUGCAUCCGCAGUCAAGGGAGGGAUGUUUAUUCUUGCACACGAGAUCAAAAGUGUAAAGCGGGUCGAAGAAGAGAACAAGUGGCAAAUUGGCAUCGACGGCAUCGAAGAGCUUGUCACAGCGGACUAUCUCGUAGCAAGUGACGAGAUGCUUCAGGAGCUGGAUCUUGGAAACACACAGCUGCAUCAAGUUUCAGCUUCCCAGCUGAAGGCCAAAGUCCUUUACAAAGCGAUCCUUGUGCUCGAUAGACCCAUCUCUUUCACCAGCGUGAGCAGCGGAAAGGAAUUAGCCGGAGAGUCCGAUGCAAACGACGCUGCAGCAACGCAGUCGCAGGAGUUGCCACCAGAAACCGGACUCGUCGUCUUUCCUCCAGGCUCGAUCAGCGGUAACGCAAACACUGUCACUGUGCUCAUGAUGGGCGAAGGCACUUUUUCUUGUCCGAAAGGCCAGUACGUUUACUACGUACAAACCGAAGCGUGCGAGAACGACGCUGAUAGAUCAGCUCUAGAAACACUCAAGCCGUUUAUUGACCAAGUUGUCUGCUUGUCCAACGAAGCACAGCCCUCCGAAGGAACUGCCUUUUCACAGCCAUUGCUGCAGAUGACGUACCGUCACUUGGUUUCCAUGUCGCCUAACGAGACCACAACUUCAAAUCUCUCCAGGAUGCCUUUCCCGCCACCUUACGCUGCCCAGACCUCGACCCCAGCAACAUCGAUCUCUGGGCUCGCCGAUGCUGCAGUGCACCUGGCGGAAGAUGUGUAUUUCGACAUUGUAGCAUCACGACUCCCAUUGUCAAAAUGUGGGAAUACGAAUGAGGAAAAACUGAAUUGGAUCAAAGAGGCCCUGGAGAAACAAAGGCUGGAAAGGAAGCGUCAAAAGCGCAGGGAUCCGACAGAAUACCAAGGCAGAGGCGGAAGAGGCGCUGACGAUGGCAUUACUCGAGAGCGGGAUGACGAACAGAAACAAGCUGAGGGCCAAGAGACUCAAGUGGUAGGCUUCUUCGAAUCACUAGAAGAUGGCGAUGAUGAUAACGACGACGUCGAGGAGCAGUAG